UUUCUUCCAGUACGGAUCUUCGCUAUACUUACGGUCACAGUAAGGCGCGUGCAAGUGAAGGUCACGGUAGUUUUUUUUUUUACCACCUCAGCAAUCCUAUGUAAAGUCAAGACAGCGAUUAGUCACACAAGUUUAAGAAAGCUCGCUCCAAAAAAACUGUCAUCCUGUAUUGAUUUGUAGUGACCGCCGGUGACUAUAGUCUCGUGGCCCCCGCGUUAUAAAACCAGCAGCGUGAAGCUCCGAGUGCAUAUUCCGGUGUGGUCACUACACCACGAGCUGAGCGCGCACUCACGAGCGCAGAGAACUCACGGACCUAACGGACAACCGAACGCUUGUAUGGAGAGGACGUCUUUCUCGAAUUAGUAUACCUGAGAAGUCACAAAUUGAUACAAAUCUAGAGACGUAAAAAAAAUACUAUUUGCGCUCUUCUUGUUCUUUACCCAUUCUUAUUCGUUUUCUAACGGCCCCAUCUCUCUGCUGCUGCAAACGGAGAAGGAAUUUGCGGACUUGCAAGUUGCGCACAAGAAUCUCAGUAUGAAAUCACUCCUCUCAGUUUUACUACUUUUCUUGGUUCUGGCACAAGUAUUUUGUGAAGAAUUUGGUGCCAAAGAGGAUCCAGAUUAUUGGUCGAACAGCGUUCAAAUACAGGAUGAGUGGUUUCCCUCCGACCCGCUCAGAGAGGUACUGCGCAGAAUGACGAGAAAGCCCCGACCCAAUCAAUUCUUCGGACUGAUGGGCAAGCGCUCCUCCGCGAACGCACAGAUGACCCGAAAGAGGCACAAGAUCAACUCUUUCGUGGGCCUGAUGGGAAAGAGGAGCCAGGAAGAGCCAGAUUCGUACGAGUGGAGCACACUACAGCACUACAAGCGACGCUAGAGGAGCGCGCGCGCCUGAUUCCGGUGUCGCUCACAUCAACUCAUUCCCCCCGAAGAGCGGCCGCGCCGUUUACACGCUGCGUUUUGUUCUGUCGUUUUUAUUUGAUUUUUUUUUUAAUUAAAGGAAGAAAUCAUGUAUAGUUGGUUCACAUUGUAAAAUCGAAUAAACAUUUGGGUUCCACAUUGUGUUUGAUGUAGCAGUAAUGUAUUGGUGGCUAAUCGUUUUCGUUUUCUUCAGUGAGCGUGAAUGUAACAGUAUCAGCCUGUGAAGAGACUUCCCGCCGUUUGGCGCGUGUAGGUCUUAAUCGUGCUCACCCAACGGUCAGCUGUGGCGAUACGACCAGAGAGACGUCGCAACAGUUGUUGUGAUUUGUCAAAUCAUAGCUUUAGCCCAGGGUACAGGAAGAAAUUGCACUGCCAGCCCCACUGUAUAGUGCCUCAUAACAUACAUGUCUGUCAUCUCUCUUAGCCGAAUGUGCUGUACACACAACAACUUUUAAUUUUAGUUUAUUUUUUUGGUUGAGUUCUCACCCUACCGACUUGGCACCUUGUGAUUCAAGGUUUAAAGUGCGAUAUGACAGUCUUGUACUUGUGUGUGUGUGUGUAACUGUGGCUUAAUAUAUUAAAAUUAUUUUCUUUAUUGGUG